GCCAUUCUUCUCCAUCUUCAGAAUUAUCACAGCGCAUCCGCCAGAGAAAACUGCAAGAAUGCCUCCCAAGCACGGAUCGGCUCCUUAUUCGGAUGCAAGGAAUUCAAAGAGAAAGAUGAAAGAAGUGAUGGUGGAUCCAACUCCGAAUUUGUUUCCUGUCCCCAUUGCUGCGCCUAACCAACCACUUCCUUCCCAAUUCACUUCCCAGCCUUCUGAACCCGACAAUUUGGACAGGUUUUUGACUAGGCCUUUUACGUCCUACACUGCUUUAUUAACUGAAGCAGAAGAAGAUUAUGGCCCGGCUAGUCUCCGUCGCGUGCAGGACCAAAUCGAACAGACAACCAAAGCCCACGCUGACCAAGUGAGGAAAAUGUUGUUUGAUGUUUGGAUGCGGCACUACAAGAACAUAAUGAACAGCGCGUACGAGGAGGCAAGCACAAAACUGAAGGAGAAAGAGGAGGAACUAAGGCAAGCGAAGAUGAGGAUAGCCGAACUGGACGCGGUCGUCGGUCAACUGACCUACCAGGGACAGUUUCUACAGAACAGAGUUCGAACCUUGGAGAAUCAGAAUGCUGGAAUGAGAGCAGCUUUCCAAGAUGCUACUUUACGUGGUGCUUUCAAUGUUGGUGCAGGCGCCAGGCUCAGCGGCCCUGAGGCGCCGUUGCAAGAGGACGCUGAGUCCUCUUUUGUUGAUCCACAUAGAGCUGAACCAGGGAAAAUUGGGCCAUGUAAGGCCUGUGACAAAGAAGAUGCAAAGAUGAUGAUAUGGCCAUGUCGCCAUGUUUGUCUCUGCGCAAAAUGUGCUGCUGCUGCGAGUGCCUGCCCUAUUUGUAGCGUUCCCAAGUUUAAUAGCUUCGAAAUCAUAAUCCCUUAAGUGGCCUUAAUAUGGUCUCAUCCCUCCGCUUUCCUAUCAAGGAGUUAGAAUAAAACGAGAAACAGCCUACUCUUAUUUGCUUAAUUAAGACUUAUAUUUAUUUGGGUUUGUAAUAAUGUUUACUCCAUUUGCUACUGCUGUUGUUGGAGGUUUAAAGAUUCUAUUUUGCUUAAUUAUUGGAUGAAUGUACUAAAUAUAUUUUAUGGAUUAAUGUUAUUGGUUCAGAGUUUGA